UAAUUUUCGUACUGAUUGGAUAUAUGUACAUAUUACAUAUUAAGGUAUAUGUAUGUACGCAUUCGAAAGAACUGCUUAUGCCUUUUUUUUCAACAUCAUUGUAUUUAUUACCAAAACGGCUUUAUGUACUACGCAAACAGCUGAUUGCUGGAUCACCUACAUUUCUUGCAACUUUCAGCUGACGCGACCAAAGUAGCAAAACGCGUUUGUUAUCAGUAAAAAACUCAAGUGCAUUGACACUUGAUUAGUUUCCAAUUGCUGGUGCAAUGAUUAGCGAUGAUGGUGUGCUUCAGAUAGAACUAGAUAAUCUAGAGAACGGCGAAAUUAUAAAACACACGUUACUACUAAUUAAGGGGCACAUUCGUCAAAAGCGACAGGCAAACAAGUGUAGAGAACAACAAAUUUAUUUACAAGUCAAGCGAGGCGACGCAACGUGGGAGUUGCAGCUACAAUCAAACAUUUCCAGAACUGGGCAGUUCAAACUACUUUGUGAUUUCGGUCAACUUGAAGUGGAGACAGCCAACACGCGUAUACCAUUGCAACUAAAGUUUAGCUACUGCAACAUUGUGCGUCAAUGUGAAAUCUUGUAUGAAACUAGCGCUUACUGCAAAACCGACUAUCGUCUGCAAUCAUUGUAUAUCACAUGUUGCAAUCAGCAGCCUACACCGUCGCAAGUGCUUGAAAAUUGCGAAAAAAUCAAUUUGAAUCUACGCUUGGUGCAGUGCGUAUAUGCCGAACAGUUGCGGUCUGCUGGUUACGAUAGAAGUACUUAUACCCUGAAUAGCGAUUGCAAAAUAUUUGAAACACGCUUAACAUGUGAAGAAGUGUGGGAGCAGUCUGAAGAAAGUUUAUGGCAAAAUUUUGCCAAAGAAAUACUCAACUCAACCACUUGGGGUGGUGAGGAUAAAUUGAAAUUUGUUGCAUUCAUCGGUUGUACAAAAUACGAUGGUGCAGCAGUAGCGGCAACAGGAGAUUUCUCUUACACAAACAUACGCAAACAUUUAAAGGGCCACGCCGCACUGGGUGGUGGUGGUCUAGCGCUUUUCGGUGCCGCAUAUUUAUAUGCAUGGCCACAGCGCUUCGAUGAAAUCAAUGCAUGUUUUGGCAGCAACAAAUUGGUUGAUCUCACACAACUACCAGAUGACAGCAACUAUCGGCGUACAUAUGGUGGUGUUUAUGCAACUACUUUAGGUGCUGUGGUGCAUGAAAUUGGACACACCUUUGACUUGGGUCAUACGAAAGAUGGUGUGAUGGGCAAUGGUUUCGAUUAUAUUAAUCGUGUUUUUACAAUAGACAAUUUGACUGAAAAUCUUCCAGAGCGUGUCAUACAGGUGCCAGCGCCGGUAUUAAGUACCCAAACCGUGGCGGGUCCGCGUGUUACACAGCUCAAACGUACCCCAAAUACAUUUCUGGAAAAAUAUCACGAACAAAAGACAAAUGACUCAUUUUAUUUUACGCGAAAUUGUGUAAUUAUUUUAGCACAUAACAAAUGGUUUGGAUAUUCGCAUGGUCCUGCCGCUGUGCAGCAUACGGAUAGUGCACUUAUAAAAUAUGAUUCCAUUAAUGGCUGUGUGCUUAGUGAAGCUCAUGGUAAUCCACUGUGUCUGAUUGAGGUGCGUAGCGUUGACAACAGUUUGGUAAAAUACUGGUAUGAGCCGCAGUCUAACCAAGAGUCCGACGAAAUUUAUAAAUUCCACUUGCCAAAGGAAGCACUCCAAGCGCUCGAAAAGCAUCACUAUUUGUUCGUGCUUACACGAUCGGGCGCAGCGAAGCGUUUGUGCGAGCAUUGAUAUUAUACAUUACUAUUUUAAGAUUUGAAGUGUGCACUGUGUUUCGAAAAUGUCCAAAAAUGAAUGUGUCACCGAAAUAAACAUAAAACUAAACUCAAAUGAAUUUGCAAGAAUUCAGCAUUUGUUUACAUUGAAGAAAAGUGCAGUGGCUUGCACAUUACUGUAGCGGUUCCUUGAAAGCGUUAUUAUGAAUAAAAAAAUAUAUAUAAUAAUUUAUGGUAAACAAAUCGUUAAUCAGCGUCACAAUAUCAAUACUCACAAGCCUACCCACUCAUUUACAGCAAUAUAAGUAUAAAUAUCACGAAAAUAGUAAUCAGUGCUAUAAAAAUACGUUUGUGUACAACAAUUACAACAAAAAUAGUUGUUGGUUUAACCGUAGUGUAGUGUAGCUCCACUCAAAAGUAAUCGCAAAAACAAGAGAGUAGACUUUCUUUGGAAACCUUGAAGCAAUAAAUAAACGCGUUAAUUGUGUGUUAGCGCUUAAUACACCGUAGCUCAUUUGUUAGUUGUCGUCUUGACGUCGUCAAAGUCACACUCACGUAAGCAGGUUAUUGCCGAGCCACGUU